GAUCCCGUUAUUUGUCGGGGGUCAAAUCAGAUAGGCAAGCCUAUAAUCCCCUCACCCCACAACAGUCUUGUUUGAAUCAUUUCCUACAUACAUUCCUUUGCGACGCCAAUCCGAGACACCUUAAAACCCCGCUCACAGUCUGGAGCUCUCGUCCAAUAGACUUGGAGCGAGAUCAGCUGAUUUUUUCACGCUGCCAUUUUGUCCGGCGGAGCAGCAGCCAGUCAGUCGGUGUUGUAAAGCGGUGCCGAAAGCCACGACUUGGGAAAGACUUCCACGAACACACAUACACACGCAUACACACACACCAACCCUAACCCGGAGAGCGCCAGGGGAUCCAACCGACCGAUCAUGUGUAAAAACGAUCCGAUCUUCAUGGCGGAAGACAAAAGUUGUUGAGACUCGGGAGCGCAGGAGGAAGAGCGAUCCGCGAACGAACCUGUCAUUCGGAUCACGGCGGCGGGCCACAGACUCGGGAUUUUCGGACUGUCAGACCCCAGAGGCUUGGCUGUCUGGGCUGCAUUCCCCACUAGCAUUGUGGUGGCUAUCCCAGCGAGCUAACAGAGGAAUAUACUCUUCACUUUUUUCAUUUCUGGUGGAAAAGCAACCCGGACACAAUUGCCCAACCCCUGAGGUAACAGGACCCGUUCAGUCUAAAGGAGUCCCUUCUUCGAGUCCACACCACUUUUCCCUCGUCGCUCGGGGGAGCUGAGAGCGAACACUCCCUGCGGUACCAGGGCCAAGGCUCAUGUGGACCAGUGGACGUGGAGGACCCGGGAUGUCCGGUUCAGAGCUGGGCUCAAUACUCUGAUUUAUAACGGACCCUCUUCGUUACUCGGUGAUUGAUCGGACUUGUAAAUCGCUUAUUUGAACCAACAACAGGACGUACAAGUCGGGCCAGCUAUGUGCAUUUGUGGCCAGAAAGUGAUUUUCAGUGUUUACAACUUCCACCGUGGGACUGUGUCCGCCGGGUUCGAGUCCUGCAACACUAACAUUAGCUAACGUUCAUACAAACCCCUUUUUAGACUAGACUCGUUUGUUAGUCCAUAGGUGAAGUUAGUGUGGAGGAAUAAAAGUGUCGGCCUACCGCUGAGCACCCAGUCGGGACAGGCUUGAGAUUUGAAUGUUGGGGUUUUAAUACCGAGCUUAUUCGACACAUUCUUUGCCUUUUGGAUUAUUGCGACCUGUGACCUGUCACACACGGCGAUCACACGGCACAUACUUCCCUGCGUUAACCUUAAAGUGGCCGAAACGACCUCAUCUGGAGGUGUAUCUGCCCACCGCUGGUACUUGUACUUGUGAGUGGAGUCACGUAACGAUCCCUGAGGGAGCAAUCAAUCGAUUUGAUCAUUAUUGGGCUAUUUUAGCUGAGUGGAGGAAAGGAGCUUAGAGAGGAGAAUGUCGGGCCAAUCCAUCACGGACCGGAUCGCCGCCGCUCAGCACAGCAUGACCGGCUCAGGGAUCAGCAAGGCGGUGUGCAAGGCGACCACGCAUGAAGUCAGUGGACCAAAGAAGAAACAUCUGGAUUACUUGAUCCACUGCACCAAUGAGAUGAACGUGAGCAUCCCCCAGCUGGCCGACACGCUGUUCGAGAGGACCGCCAACUCCAGCUGGGUGGUGGUCUUCAAGUCCCUCAUCACCACACACCACCUCAUGAUGUACGGCAAUGAGCGUUUAAUCCAGUACUUGGCGUCCAGAAACACCCUCUUCAAUCUCAACAACUUCCUGGAUAAAGGAGCCCUUCAAGGUUACGAAAUGUCUACCUUCAUCCGGCGGUACAGCCGCUACCUGAACGAGAAGGCCAUGUCCUACCGGCUGGUGGCUGUAGACUUCACCAAGAUGAAGAGAGGGAUCGAUGGUGUGAUGCGCACCAUGAACAUCGAGAAGCUGAUCAAGACCCUGCCCAUCAUCCAGAACCAGCUGGACGCUCUGCUGGACUUUCAGGCCAGUCCCAACGAGCUGUCCAACGGUGUGAUCAACGCAGGCUUCAUGCUGCUCUUCAAAGACUCCAUCCGUCUGUUCGCCGCCUACAAUGAGGGAGUCAUCAACCUACUAGAAAAGUACUUUGACAUGAAGAAGAAUCAGUGUAAAGACGCGCUGGAUAUCUACAAGAAGUUCCUCUGUCGCAUGACCAAGCUGUCCGAGUUCCUCAAAGUGGCUGAGCAAGUUGGAAUAGAUCAGGGUGACAUCCCCGAUCUCUCACAGGCCCCCAGUAGUCUCCUGGAUGCUCUGGAGCAGCACCUGGCCUCCCUGGAGGGGAGGAAGACCAAGGAGCUCAGCGCAGAUAGGGCCUCCACGCUGUCCAGCGCCGUGUCGUCCCUGGCCACCACGGGGAUGAGCUUCAGCCGCAUGGACGAGAAGGAGAAGCAGCAGGCGCUGGAGGAGGAGCAGGCCCGGCUGCAGGCCCUGAAGGACCAGCGACUGAAGGAGAUGAACACGCAGACUCCGCCCUCCUCCUCCCCCAGCAGCCAAUCAGUGAGCAGCGGCAACAACAACCACGUCACACACAGCUCAGAGUUCUUCACACCGACGCCAUCCAACAGUAUGCCCAGUCUGAACAGCGACCUGUUCGACCUGCAGCCAGCGUUCAUCCCUGCAGUGCACAGCAACCCCUCCUUAAACACCACCACCAGUGCCUGGGGAGGGAUGGAGAACCAGUCGGUACCGCCUCCCGCCGCCGUGGCCAUGGCGGUAGAUUUUGACGCUGUGUUUGGGAAUAAGGCGGCCCCCCCGAGUCACAAUGGCACUCAGCCUGCACCUGGGUUUGAUGCUCUGGGGGAGCUCCUGAAGCCCACCAUGCCCGCCCACGGCGGCCCCCCUCCCCCCGCCAUGGCCUUCCACCCCGGGGCCAAGCUGCUGGCCUCCGACCUGGACUCCUCCCUCGCCAACCUCGUGGGCAACCUGCAGUUCGGUGGGACACCCAUCAAGAAGCCCGACAUGCAGUGGAGCCAGCAGGGGGAGAAGAAGCUGACCGGGGGCCACAUGCAGAACAAGACCAUGUCCACCACGCCCUGGACCUCCGCCCCCAUGGCGCCCCAGCCCAUGCCCGUGCCGGUGAAUGGCUUGUUCUAUACUAGUUAUAGUCCAUCUCCCAUGGCGUUUCCCAUGGCAACACCACAAGUGCCUGUUUAUGAAUGGUGAGCACACACACACACACACACACACACUCACUCACUCACUCACUCACUCACUCACUCACUCACUCACUCACUCACUCACUCACUCACUCACUCACUCACUCACACUCUCUCACAACUCUCUCACACACACACACACACACACACACACACACACACACACACACACACACACACACACACACACACACACACACUCUUUUAUUAUUGCCUCUUAAUUCUGUCCCCCCCCCCUCCAAGGUCCCGCCCCAGAUGGCCCAGAUGGGCGGAGUCUCAGUCAUGGCCCCUCAGCAAAUCAUGUACAACCAGCCGGUCCUCAGACCCACCAACCCCUUCGCCCCCAUACCUGGAGCCCAGAUGCAGUUCAUGUAGACCAUGCAAAGCAACGUGCCAAAAAACAACAAACAGGAGAAAAGGAGCGAGAGAGAGAGGGCGAGCGAGAGAGCGGACUGAAUAGGGCAGAAUGAGGAGUGACACCGGGAAGGAGGAAUACAAACAAAGAGGAUGGAGGGAUGAAACGGGGGCUAAAGUUCAUGGAUAUAACAAGGUGUCUGAAACAACGUGUGUGUGUGUGUGUGUGUUUGUGCAUGCCUGUGUGUGUGUCUUAUUUUCCUGUGUUAGAGUAGAGAUUUGUAAACGGUUAUUGAAUGAAUGUGGUGUCAUAGCAUAAGAGGGCACUUGAGCUUGAGAGAAAGACUUACAUAUAAUAUAUAUCAUGAGAGAGAGAGUGUGUGUAUUGCUGCCCUCUGCUGGUGAUACCAGGUAGUGCAGAUUGAGUUGAUUAACCUAAUUUCAAAAUGGUGCUAUUUUGUCCUCUCUUGGAUCCCAUAGGCCUGAAAUGGCAGGAGGAAUGACGAGGACAAGAGUGUGUUUGAAAGGUGUGUGUGUGUGUGUGUGUGUGUGUGUGUGUGUGUGUGUGUGUGUGUGCGUGUGUGUGUACACCACAGUUGUUUCAGAAAAACUGAGAUCUUUGUGACGUUUAGCCCUGUCUUCAUCCCUCUUCCAUCCCUUCAUCUCAUUGGCUGUCGGUGUGGCACCACUGGCCAAUCACAGCCCGGCCCUAGAGACAGUUAGUGUGGUUAGUUUCUCCUGCGUGUUCAGGUCCGAUGAUGCUAAUUAUCUUCGUGUUUUUUGACUAGGCUCGCUCUGAGAUGUCAUGUAAAAAAAAUUAUCUUGCUUCGAUCUAUUGGGAAAUGUAUCAGAAAUUGUUACUUUUUAUUUCUUUCUUUGACUCAUUGUAACUCAUGUCAUUUUUUUGUAAAGUUAUACAUACAUACAGUACAUAUACAUAUAUCAAUAUGUCUAUAUCUAUAUAUAGAUGUGUUGAUGUAUACUUCAACAUAAGGACCUGGACUAACCAUGAUAUAGUAUUCUGACAGGGUCCUUGCCAGAGUCCGUUCAUUACUUUUAUUUUGAAAGUGAUUUUGGUGCUUCGAUAUCCUCCUGGGAUUCUACCUAUGCCAACUUCUCGUGUGCGUCUGCCAACAUGCAACCGGCUAAUGUCUGGAAACACCUGAUAACCUGCUGUGACUCACAGCCACUACCUAACCACACAGAGCUAGAUGCAAGAUUGUAUGUCUAAACAUUGAUUGAUUCAUCAAAGCAAGAGCGUAGUGUCCUUAUGGAACGAGACAUGGCGCCUUUUCAAAGCAAGAGCGUAGUGUCCUCAAGGAACGAAAUGUUGAGCCUUUUCAAAGCAAGAGCGUAGUGUCCACAAGGAACGGGGCAUUGAGGCUUUUCAAAGUAAGUUCCCAGAAGGCGCUAUGGACUUCUCCUUGUUCGCACCUGAAUCAACUUAUCGGCGAAACACGUGCAUUCGACCUAAGCGCGGAUCUAAACAGCCGCAGAGGAAUAGAGUAAUAUGAAUGUUAAUGACUCAUAUCGGAUGUGUUUGCAUUAUAUUGCACUGAAUUGUACGCAAGUAUUUGUUUGUUUGCUUUUCGGUUUUUUAAUUACGUGAUUUAGCAGCGGACCAAAAAAGAAAACUGUCACUGUCCGUGUGUCGGUCGAGCAAGAUCUAAAAUGGAUCCUCCUUCAAGUCUGUUGCUCACCAACGCUCUGAUGUCAAAGUGUUAAAAACGUGUGUUAGUGUAAACGCAGAUAUCCACCGUGGUCGUUCCUAAACCAAAUGCAACCGAUGUCAGGCUGCCACCUGUAAAUGUAUGUGUCAAUCUUACAGCCGGUGUACGUUUUGAUGUGCGUAUGCAGUAACACAUUGGGAUCUGUCGGGUCGGCCCAUUGGUCGGGUGGUAUCUGUCGGUCAGACCGGUUGGUCGGUGACCUUAAAUGUGAGCCGGUGAGUUUGGAUGCAGUGAUUAGUUGGGAGAUGUCUGUUGUGGUUGUCGCAAAAUAACAUGCAGAACUUUUGCACUGAGCUAUUCGGCAAAGAACCCCUGACUACAGCAUAGAUGGACGAUUUUUACCUUUUCUAUAUUUUGGGAGGGCGAGGGGGCUGUCAUCGUAAAGGUAUUUAGAACGUUGGGGUAUGAUUUCAGGUUUUCCCUUGGAGAUAAUUUGAAGUCGUUGGUUGAAAUAAGAUGGAUUGCUGGUCUAAUUAGAAUGAAGGGAAGUGGAUUUAACUAUUAUCAACUUUUGGUUUUGAUUGGUUUGAAUCCCCAGUUCCUGGCCUGUAUGCAGUGUAGUCCUACCUUUAGUGAACAUCUGCUUAUUGGGGGAUCAUUUUCACGUGGUUAAACAUGACAAUUGUAGCCAGUGCGCUCAGAGAAGAGUGUCUGAUCAUGUGAUGGAAGGGGGGGGACUUCAUAGGAACUCUUAUUUUAUACAAUGCAACUAACAGUAAGGUUUACAUAUCAUUACGGCGCAGGUAGGGUUUAGACGGGAUCUCCCCUGACUAGCUGUAGGCAUCGCUACAGCUAGUCAGAAGACUUUGGGAAGUUGGUUGGGAGCUUAGAGGUCAAACCAACCAUAUGAUCCUAUGUAUUGAGAACCUUUAACAUGGCUUUGCCAAAAUCUCAGCCCACAUUCAGAAAGAAAACAUGACCUCCAUCAGCCCUGAAACAGGAAGGAACAGGAAGCGCGACAAGUCGACCCAUCAGGAAAGGGAAGAAACCUUGAGGAACACGCAAGAGUGAUCUACCCUUUUUAUCCCCUGGUCAUCUCGUAGUGCCAUUGCAGAAUAUUAGUGACGUUACAGCUCCUGUGUACAUUUCUAACCGGAGCGGCGCUUCUGUCUCUUGUUGCUAGUUGUCUUUCUAGAAUAUGUUAAGCCGGCUUUUAUCCUCUCCGACUUGAGGACAAAAAGCUAUGUAAAAAAUAACGUUAAUAGUUCGCAAUUCUUCUGGUCUUCUUUCAUCGUUGUCGAGUAUUUUGUGCUCUUAGACGCUUGCUGUGGUCGUCCCGUGUUUUCCUCUCUAGAACUAGGUAGUUUUUCCCCCCACAAAGCCCUCGUGAUACAUGUAGCCGAUUCAUGUGCGUCUAGCUUGUGUGGUCCUCGCUAUUUUACAAUAAUGCUAGCUGUGUAGUCUCGCAAUGUCACAAGAAAAACGUGCUUCUUAACAACUUUAGCGCUGUAUCUCCCCAACUCUCGCUUUCCUUUUCUGGUGUGAGUGUUGAUAGCUAGCUUUUCUAACUCUUUCUACCUUACCCGUUUAGCGUCCCCCCCCCCCCCCCCCCCCCCACUGGGCUUCUUGGAAGGGAAGUCAACUCUGCCGAUGUCAAGCUCAACGAUUUCAGAAUGUCGAUCAAAUUAGAACAAAGAAGGGAACACCGCCUCUAACGUGUAGGUCCUUUUUGUUAAAAUGAACCCAGUCAUGUCAAUAUUUUUCUUUCAUUUUCUAUCUUUUCCAAAUGGAUUUGGAAAAUGUUGGUAAGAUUAAAAAUAAAAGUUUGGAGCUUUG